AUGACAAAAAUCCCAUAUGCUUCAGUUGUGGGGAGUUUGAUAUAUCCACAGAUUUACACAAGACUAAACAUUAGUUUUGCAGUUGGCAUGCUUGGGCGUUACCAGAGUAACCCAUGGAUGUCUCAUUGGAAAGCAGCAAAGAGGGUAUUGCGAUAUCUGCAAGGAACUAAGGACUACCAGCUUACCUUUAGGAGAACUGAUAACUUAGAGGUAACUGGAUACUCAAACUCUGAUUUUGCCGGUUGUUCUGAUAGUAGGAAAUUUACUUCAGGAUAUGUUUUCCUACUAGUCGGUGGAGCAAUCUCAUGGAAAAUUAUGAAGCAAACUAUCACUCCUUCAUCAACAAUGGAGGCUGAGUUUGUGGCAUGCUUUGAGGCCACAGUGCAUGGUUUAUGGCUGAGGAACUUUAUCUUAGGGCUUAGAGUUGUCGACUUUAUAGAAAGGCCGCUGAAAAUUUAUUAUGAUAAUUCCUCUGCAGUAUUUUUCUCCAAAAAUGAUAGGUAUUCUAAAGGUGCUAAACACAUGGAGCUCAAAUACCUAAGUGUCAAGGAGGAAGUACAGAAACAAACAGUGUCCAUAGAACAUAUUAGUACCACGCUUAGGAUAGCAAAUCCAUUAACGAAGGGUUUAGUAGCGAAGCAGUUUAAAGAGCAUGUUUGGAGGAAUGAUGAAAAGAUAAUGUCUGCAACAGACAUGAAUUAG